UAGAUUUCAUGAGGAAAAUAAGUAUUUCUCAAAUUGUGAGUCCUGAUCCGAAAGGGAGUUGCAGGGUGGUCGGAAGGGGGGUUUAUGAUAUUGCCACUUCUGUGCUGCCUUCAGAGCUGGACAACCAGAGAGUGGUUGCUGCUGACUGAGGGUCCAGCUCUGCAGAGAGCAAUGAAGAAGUAAGAGUGGCAGUACUAUAUCAUGACAUCCUUACCUCCACACUACCGCUGGCAGCAGCUCUGCCUUCAAAGCUGGACUCCUGGCCAGCAGCCACCGCUGUCCGGCUGCCCAAAUCUGAAGGCAGCGUUGCCAGCAGCAACAGCACAGAAGUAUUGCAACCCCCUCUUACAAUAACCUUGCAACCCCUGCACAUCUCCUUUUUGGAUCAGAAUCCCUACAAUUACGACACUGUGAUAUUUCAGAUUUAAAUAGCUGAAAUCAUGAAAUUUACCAGUUUAAAAAUCCUUUGACUGUGAAAUUGAUCAAAAUGGACCAUGAAUUUAGUAGUGCCCUACUUGUGGUAGAAGUUAGUUGUAAAGAGGAUUGGUAAUUGUUUUGCAGCUUUUGUGACAAGGAGUGGUGGUAGUUCCACCCAUAAGGGAUGCGUGGAAGAAAGCAUGUUGCUCAUAGGAGCAGCAGAUGCUUGUGGCUUUCUACUUGUCAGUUGUUAAAGCAAUACAUUCUUAGGCUUGCACAAUGCGCCAUGCUCUCAUUUGAGCGGCUCACCUCACCCACAAGAACAAAUACAAUAGUACAAUAUCCUUAAACUGAAAAAGUAUCUAGGAAUUUUCUGUACAGACUGUCCUCCUUAAAAAAGAGGGGGAGGAGACUAUUUAAACAUGGUUUUGAAAGCAACAGAGGUGGGAGCUGAAGGGUCUGAUCAAGUGCCUACAUGCUGCUCUGCUCGCUACAAUUUAGCAUUAUUGGCCUUUUUUGGAUUCUUCCUGCUUUAUGCAUUACGUGUGAAUCUAAGCGUUGCUCUUGUAGACAUGGUAGAGCCUGAUUCAAGUUUAACAAAGAAUACAACUUCCCAGGUGUGUCCAGAACAUUCUUCUACCCUAAACAUCCCUCGGAAUACAACGGGGAAAAAGUAUUCUUGGGAUGCAGAUACUCAAGGAUGGAUCCUUGGUUCUUUUUUCUAUGGCUACAUCAUUACUCAGAUUCCUGGUGGAUAUCUUGCACGUAAAAUAGGAGGGAAGCUGCUGCUGGGGUGUGGCAUCCUGAGUACCGCUGUCUUCACUCUGUUCACCCCCUUAGCAGCAGACCUGGGGGUUGGAUACUUGAUAGCAGUCAGAGCCUUGGAGGGGCUUGGAGAGGGGGUUACGUUUCCUGCUAUGCAUGCCAUGUGGUCAUCUUGGGCUCCACCGCUGGAACGCAGCAAGCUCCUUAGCAUUUCAUAUGCAGGUGCACAAUUUGGAACAGUUGUGUCUCUUCCAUUGUCUGGCUUAAUUUGCUACUACAUGGACUGGAUUUAUGUAUUCUACAUAUUUGGUGCACUUGGAGUAUUAUGGUUCCUCUUCUGGAUCUGGCUGGUGAGUGAUACUCCAGAAACUCACAGUAGAAUCUCUCAUACUGAAAGGGAGUAUAUUCUCUCUUCCCUUAAAGAUCAGCUUUCUUCUCAGAAGUCUGUACCUUGGGUACCCAUACUGAAAUCCUUUCCUCUCUGGGCUAUUGUUGCAGCACACUUUUCUUAUAAUUGGACUUUCUACACUCUUCUCACACUAUUGCCUACUUACAUGGAGGAGAUCUUGCGGUUUGAUGCAAAAGAGAAUGGAUUUUUAUCUGCACUGCCUUAUUUUGGAUGUUGGGUGUGUAUAAUCGUGUCUGGUCAAAUUGCUGAUUAUUUAAGGGAAAAACAGAACUUGUCCACUGUGUGUGUGCGCAAAACAUUUACUGUAAUAGGUAUGAUUGGUCCUGCAGUGUUUUUAGUAGCAGCUGGGUUCAUAGGCUGUGACUACACAUUGGCUGUUGCAUUCCUAACCAUAUCAACAACACUUGGAGGCUUUUGUACAUCUGGUUUUGGCAUCAACCACCUGGACAUAGCACCAUCGUAUGCUGGGAUCCUGCUUGGAAUCACAAAUUCAUUUGCCACUAUCCCGGGAAUGGUGGGGCCAGUCGUUGCGAAAAUCCUGACUCACCAUAAUACUGUGGGAGAAUGGCAGAUCGUUUUCUAUAUUGCUGCUUCUAUUAACUUAUUUGGAGCAAUAUUCUUUGCGUUAUUUGGCAGUGGAGAAGUGCAAGACUGGGCAGUCAACAACCGCCACUUGCAUAGGAACUGAAGGAGUUAUUGAGAUAUCAAGGCUAUAUUGAAUCACUGUUCUAAAGUCAUGUGACCUGAAAAGUGCCUUUCAUAUUGAUGCCCGGAAAGCUACAAAAGCUUUUCAGUUUAACCAUUUUAUCUGUGUACUGUUUGUACUAGAAGUCACUUGACGGUGCAUGUACGUUAUUUCUGUAAUAAGAAACUACUUAGCUCUAGUAGAACAGCCUUAUCCUAGGACUUUAAAUCAAAUACUUGAUCUGAAACUUAGAAUUUUAAAUCAUUGUGCUGGGCACCAUUUUCUGCCACCUCUUAAUAUUUUCUAAACUGAAACGAGUAGGAAGAUGUCUUCUAUCAUCGACAUAGCAGAGGGGAGAAAAACAGGGAUUGUAGUGUUGGGAGGUGGAGGAAUGGCAUGUAAAGAAUGGUCUGUAAUAAGGAAUCUUUUUUUUAUUUUUAUGAAGAAGUUGACAUGCUUCUCCAAUUUUAAUGUCCAGGAAUUUCCUGGUUUUCUAGAGUUAUCAUAUUUUAAUUUUUCUUUUUACCAAUAUUUUAAUUGGUGUUCUAGGACUCUUCUGCUACACACACUUCCAAUAUGUAAAUGUUUCAUGUUCAAGAACAGAAUAAUCAGAGAGCAAAUUUACAACAAGCCUCUUACAUAUGAGAUGAACAGACAGAGGGAGCUUUUCUCCUUUCCACCCCUUCUCAGUGGGGUAAGAUAUUGACAUAGCAUAUGUUCACUGGCCUGUGCAUCAAUAAAAGGAGUAUGUUGCUAUGGUUUGAACUCUAAGCAUUGUGUAGAUUGCACUAGAAGUGGAAUGGCUAGGGGUAUGUAUUUCAGUCUGACAGCCAAUUUUUUUAUCAUGACAAGCAUUCAGAGCAAUGGAAAUCUCAAAUUCUUCUGCUCAUGUCAAUAUAUGUAAAUUUGUCAGUAGAAAUAUACUAAAAUGAGGCCAGUGCAGAGAGUAAGGACAGCACUUUUUAGUUCUCUUUGUACAAUUGCUCUCACCCUGUUCACAGAUUAAAAAUCAGUGAUAUUGGGGGAAUAAACUGUGCAACUUCAUUUCUAGAAGUUGCCCCGGGCAUUUUCUUUUUGGAGUCUGAGAGAAUUGUGCUGUUAGUACAGAAUUCAUGCUUGAAAUAUUUUUUUUAUUAUUAUUAUUAUUAUUAUUAUGGAAAUUGACAAACUAUGCACCCAAUUAAACCAGGACAAUAGAAACUGAGUGAAAAUUAUAGUCUAGAAGGAAUGGGUGAUUGAAAAUCUGAGGGACCCCUCUUAGGCGAGGUCUACACUACAAAGAAAAGUUGGAAAAAGAUAUGCAAAUUGAAAACCAUAAUUUGAGUAUUUUUUUCCGUUUUUCUUUCGAAAGAGGCUUUUCCAAAAUUUGGCCCAUCUACACAGGCUAAAUUUCAGAAAAACCUCCUCUUUCAACAUAUCCUUUCUUCCUCAUACAAUGAGGAUUACAGAGGUGGCAAAAGAACAUGUCUGCUUUUUUGGAAAUUGUUCAAAAAAAGCAGACGCAUUCCUUAGAGGCAGAGUAGCUUUUCCAGGAUACUGCUGUAUUCUAGACAUAGCCUUAGAGUAUUCACCACGUAGAGCAGGUUAAAAAAUCCCAUUUCCAUAGAUUCCUGGAUUAAAGCAAGUUGGUGAAGGUCACUUUGCUUUGUUUUUUUCUACAUGCCAUCAAAACAAAAAGAGAGAAGCUUAGCAUACCUGCUUUUGGGUGCUCCAAUGGAGUUGUCUGACUUAAUUUCCAGGAAAUGGCUACUGCCUCUCCUUACCAGCUUUAGAAACCUUUUUGUUUUCACCUGCAUUGAAGUGUCAUGUUGGAAGUAUGUUAAAGCUGUGUUGUCAUAAAUUAAUUUCUACAAUAAAUGGCACCAAAAUCAUAUGGAAUUAAUAUUUGUACAUGUAACCAUAACUGGAAAUGAUUGCUUCCCAAAAAUUGAUCUCAGCAGAAAUUAACAGAUAAUCCUAAAGAUAGUUCAGUCUUAGUUCAAAAAAAUGUAUUUCCCUGCCAUUUUGGAGUGAUCCAGCAAGUAAGGGGUGUGGCAGUAUAGGGCAAGGAUUACAUGUGCACUGCUAGUUUUUUUUAAUUGACAACUGUUUGGUAGACAGAGCUUUUGAUGUUGGAGUUGUCAGUCUGACAGCUUGGUUACCACUAACAUUGAAUUUCCAAAAGAGAAAUGGAAUCUGAGCAUUAAUGUGAUUGUUUUCAGCUCAGAGUUUACGACAUUAAACAUUAAAUAGAUCCAGUGCCAUUUAUUGUUUGAAUUAUAUAGGCCAGACUAUGGAGUUUUGGAAUUUCUGAUUUUCAUAUCUAUUUUUUUCUUCUUCUAAUCUCAUGUAUUAUUGACACAAAUGCUCUGUGUUCUAUUAAUUUUUAAAUGUAAAGCUUGUCUGGAAAGCAGGCACAGAAACAUUACAGUAGAUCCUGAGGUUUAUUUCUAGAAAGCAGACCAAGGCUAUUCUGAAAGAAUCGAGGACAUUUGUUGAUACAGAGUUUGAUCUGCAAAGCUUUAAGCACUCUGGUCCAGAUCCAGCAAAACAUUUCAGCAUAUGAUUAGGCUUGAUCAUCCUGCAAGAUAAAAUUAUAGAAUAGAAAAACUAUACUAAAAUGUUACUUCUGCCUCCUCACCAUGUUACUGCCCACUCCUCCUUUCUCAAGUCAUCAGUUUACUUUCUUCCUUGUACUGUUUCAGAAUAUUUUGGAUACCCACCUUGACACCUAAAGGAUCUUGAUUUUUCACAAAGUGCUGGGUACCUCAAUCAUGUCCUAUUAAGAAAUUUCAAGCUGAACAUCCAAAAUCAAUAAUUUUUAAAAAUUGUAUAUGUAUAUUUUGUAUUUAUUAAUUUUCCUCCUUUUCCUGUGUAACUGGUUCCUAAUUUUAUUUUGUCAGCUUUUAUUUUUAAUAUAAGUAAUGGUGUUCUAUGCUU